CAUGAUGGGAAGCCAUACUGCCACAAACCAUGCUAUGCUGCCCUCUAUGGACCAAAAGGUGUGAAUAUCGGCGGGGCUGGAUCAUAUGUCUAUGACACACCUGUCAAUGAAGACACUGCCCCUGUUGCAAUGGAAACCAAGCCCAAGGCUGAAGAGAAAAAGGCUACUAGGGGCCCAGUGAAGGCUGCAAGCUUCAGUUCGUUUUCUGGUCAGCCGAACAUCUGCCCAAGGUGCAACAAAACAGUGUACUUCGCUGAAAAGGUCAGUUCCCUGGGUAAAGACUGGCACAGACCCUGUCUGCGCUGUGAGAGGUGCAGCAAGACUCUGGCUCCAGGCAGCCAUGCAGAGCACGAUGGCCAGCCGUACUGCCAUAAACCCUGUUACGCUGUUCUCUUUGGGCCAAAAGGAGUGAACACUGGAGGUGUUGGCAGUUACAUAUACGAGGACCCAAAUACUGAGAGCCAGUUCUAAGAACCACAACCACACCAGCAGUAUUAUUAGCAACCAUAGAUUCAAGCCUCUUGUCUGCUUCCUUUAACUCCACUUCCUUUCUUUCUUGAGUCUGCACUGAUCUUGUUCAUCUACAGAGUGCCACUUAAUUGUACUAAAAUGAGCUAGUAUUACUACUUACUAACAGGAAUAUUUGUUUAGCCUUUUUGCUGUAUUU